CUCCGUGUACAUGUACAUGACCAUUCGGGCGGCAUUGUGACCCCAGAAAUCAAUAUACAUGAGAAUCCUGAUGCUUUCAAACGCGUCAUGGCAUGCAUCGUUUUUGGUCGAUACUCCACUCCCCUUGUUGAUGCGCCAGAUCUCAAGAAUACAGACACUGAGGUUGACAAUGUGAUAGGACAGAUCGCCGUCAAUGAAAACGUAUACAACUUGCUGAAGGUGAUCUUCUGCAAUCAAGGACUUGUGGGCUGCAGAACCGUUUGCUACCUGGCUCGGAGAGAUGGCGAGGAGUUUAUUAUUAAGGAUCAUUGGGUGAAAGGCGACAAGAGUGUAGUGUUGAAUGAGGUGGAGAUGCUGAAAGCUCUGAAGGAUAUCCCUGGUGUUCCCCAAUACGUGGAACACUGUCUCGUGGAGGUAGAGCCGGGCAAAGUCGACGAUACGCAAAUGUAUCGCCAGAAGAUCUAUAAUAGCACCCAAGGUGUCUAUCGCACGCAUGUCCGUCUCGUCUUGAAACCACGGGCUCGUCCUUUACACGAGUUUCGAACUAGAAAAGAGCUCGUCAAAGCGUUACAUGAUAUUGUGCUAAGUAAGUGA